AUGGACAUCGACCCUCCAGACGUACAGAAAAUACCACCGUAUAGCCGCGUCGAGGCUUGGGUUGACCCGGCUGACGCAGGAUAUCGCGUCGUGGACAUGAUCGGAAAGAAUCUCCAGUCGCAAUACGAGCGGUGGCAACCGAAGGGGUGCUACAGGCAGUGUCUAGAUCCCAACUUAGAAGAAGUGAAAAAAAUUUGCGUUAACAUGCGUCGUAACGCACGUGCAGAUCGGAUUCUGUUUCACUACAAUGGACAUGGUGUUCCCCGACCUACGGAAAAUGGUGAAAUUUGGGUUUUUAACAGGACCUUUACGAAGUACAUUCCGUUGUCACUCUACGACCUCCAGCGUUGGUUGGGUGGACCGUCAGUCUACGUUAUUGAAUGUCAAAACGCUGGUCGUGUGCUCAAACUAUAUGAAUACUUUUGUCAGCGCAGGCAAACGGAAAUGUCCAAUCCGUCCGUCCCGAACAGUGGCAUGCCGACCGCGGAAGGCGUUCAACACGAGGCCGGUGCUUUCGGUCAUGCAUACUUAAGCCACGCUAGUGGGAUGAGUCAGAUGGGUGCCGCCGCUGUCGCCGCAGCAGCCAUUUCUCCGGCUACCAUGGAAAAUACAAUCAUGCUAUGUGCCUGUGAAGAGAAUGAGGAUCUGCCCCAACUGGCCGAGCUGCCUGCCGAUCUCUUCACGGCCUGCCUAACCACUCCUAUUCGCACGGCAUUGCGGUGGCAUUGGAUGAAGUAUAACAAGUCGUUCCCUGGUCAUAUUGACGAAGCGCUUCUGGAUCACAUCCCGGGUGCUCAUGGCAACCGAAUGUCUUUACUGGGUGAGAUCAACUGGAUAUUUACCGCAGUGACUGACACUAUUGCUUGGUGCAGUUUCCCUGCGGAACUCUUUCAAAAGCUCUUUCGUCAGGAUCUCCUAGUUGCUAGUAUUUUCCGCAACUACCUACUUGCCCAACGUCUUAUGCGUGCAUUUGGCUGCCAUCCUUGCUCUUGGCCCCGUCUCAACCCUACUCACGAUCACCCUAUAUGGAGUGCCUGGGAUCACUCUCUGGACCUUCUCUUCCAUUAUCUUCCUCAAGUAAUCUCUGCCAUGCAGACAAAUCCACAAGCAGAUUUGGCAUUACUGCAGCAGCACCAACAGAAUCCACAGCAGAAUCUUCCACUUCUGCUACCUCCCCCAAUAUCACCUGGAGGAAUCGGGGACAUUCCCAGGGAAUUGCUAGAACUGACAUCAGCUUCGGCUCAGCGUCUUACUGCCCUAUUGAAAGAGAUUGAUAGACAGGUGGAGGAGGUGAAGCAGAAGAAAGCGAAGCAGGCGAAAGAAGAUGGAUAUGGAGGACAAAAGCGACCGAUGAUUGCCCCGCCACCGGGCUAUGAAUCAAAUAAUGGAGUUCAUUUGAUACCUGCCUCCAUCCCUUCCAAGACCUCGAAAUCUCGCCACCAUGGAAAAGGGUCCACCUCUCUGUCGCCUCGGAAGGUAACGAAAUUUGUUGUGGAGACACGUGAACUAUCUCGCAUCAGCGAGGAGGAGCGUUCGGCGGAAGUCUCGACAACUGCUACCGGUGCCGUUGCUCCAUCCUCGAAAUCGUAUUCCUGCCCCUCCCACAUGCCUCAUAGUUCGCAUACACGAAAUUCGGAAGAACAGGGUGAGGUGGGACACCACCACCAUCAUCACCAUCAUGGUUGUGAUUCCGAGGAGACGGAGUUUUCUUCCAGCGACAUAGAUGUUGAUGAAGAUGAUGUAACGGAAGACGAGGAAGAAGAAGAAGAGGAAGAGGACGAUGAUUAUGGUGAGAUGGAAGGCACGACACAGGAAUCUCGAUCUCAAGAGACCACAGAGCAUGGGCAACGUCCUCAGCACCACACACCAAAACAGCAGCAACAAAACCAACUGGAUCAGCCUGAUGUGCAACAAAUUCAGCUUCCACAAAUGAAAGUUUCCCUCGAGACCUCCCACCAAUCUCCGUGUUCGGGCCUCGCGUCCAUACGUUCCAUCCGAACCGACCUCCAUUCAUCAAUUGGAGGCAGCGAUGCUACCACAAAAGCUAAACCUUCCAGUUCUUCUAUCUCCGUUGCCUCUCUCUUAGCGCGUUGUGCUCAGCCACGUGUUGCUCCUGUGAUUGGUCCUACUCCUCUGCCCCUCGUCCAUGAUCCAUCCCCACCCGAUUACCGUCCUGCUUCCUUCUUCACCUCUCAAAUGACCGCUUUCCAGGCGUGGUUGCAUCAAGCCGCCUCCAAUAAUACUGCCUACUCUCAACGUCAGUCUGCCAUCCAACUUCCCAUCCUCCUUCAAGUCCUUCUCUCUCAAACACAUCGCAUCCGCGCCCUCCAACUUCUUUCCGAGUUCCUUGAUCUCGGCUCAUGGGCGGUGUCGCACUGCAUCACUGUGGGCAUUCUUCCCUACAUCGUCCGACUCUUUCAUUCUAAUGUGCUCGAAGUGAAGCCUCACCUCGUCUUUAUUUGGGGCAAGAUUAUUAGCUCUGCACAAAUUGAUUUUAGUCGACACGAGGGUAUUCGCGAAUCUGGGUAUAGAUACUUUGUGGCGUGCCUUCAGGAUGAUACUAGUCUGUCACCUCUUGUGCGGACCAUGGCUGCUUUUGCUCUGGCGAAGAUGUUGGUCCGGGGCGAGACGGGGGCCCCAGAUGUGCUGUUUCAAGAGGUCUACUACUCCUCCAAGCCCGUCUCCUUUAUCCAUAUUGCGGCGGAGGAAUUGACUCGUGUGUCGGCUGUUGCGGCUGCUGAAGCAAUGCGAGAUGGCCACAAUUUUGACCACCUGAAAGUGUGGUUGUUAUUGGCGUUGGGGCGGGUCUGGAUGCAGUGUGAUACAGCUCGGUGGUUGGCAGUGAGGGCUGAGGGUGGAAGGGCGAUGGAGACAGCGAUCUUCCCUAGGCUCCAAGAUGCAGAUCCUAUUGUAAGAGCGGCGGCAGUGUUUGCGUUGGGGACACUGAUCGAUCAGCCAGUUGAGGAGGGGAAGAAGAGUGAAGCUGAUAUGCUUAGUCACCAAGUGGGCAUCCGCCUGGUCGAGCGAACCCGCGACCCCUCCCCGUUGGUUCGUUGUGAGGUGGUGGUCGCUCUUCGUAGCCUUGUGCUGCAGUGUGAACUCCAGAUGGUAGAACAGGCUCAUCUCUGCUAUCGUAACAUCCUUCGAAGUCUUCGAACCGCUCCUAUCGACUCCAACCUCGCCACCUCUACCACUCCAUCUGCUGCCAUCAAUAACUGCGAUUGUUCCCGAACUGUCGGUAGCCCAAUUGGAUCACCCUCCAGUGCCGCAGCUCUGCUUCGUGGAAUGGCAGAAUUAAGCCUCUCUCGAUUCAGUCGAUCCUCGCGUUAUCGCAGCCAAAAGGACCUUCAGCGCACCUCCGUUAGUGAGACUGGCUCUGUUGUCCUUCCUUCGGAUAUCUCCGACAGCACAGAGGACUUGAAUACAGUACCAACUUUCCUCGAAGAUUUUGAACCCAACGUCCCUGGAGGCAUUUUCGCCCAACUCUGGGACACAAUUCUUAUUCUUGCCUCCGAUCCUCAUCCCUCUGUUGCGAAACUGGGCAGAAUAAUCCUCUUAUUCAUCGUUCAGGAGCUAAUUCGACGACAUAAUAUAGAUCGCGAGAUCACGGUGGUGGACGGACGCCUCUUCCUGCGUGAUCCACCAACUCCCGGUGACGGUGAUAGGAGCAGCACUUUGAAUGAGGGGCAAAUGAAGACACCACCUCCAUCACCACAGCAACAACCACCGACAGUCAUCACAUCACAGCAAAUUCCUCGACGAAGGCAAUACGCUGGAUCGGACAGUAUCAGCUCAACCGAGAAAGUGGGUACGAUGGACGUUCAGACGGAGUUCUUCCAGUGGUGUUCUCAGUGGUUCAGUCAACCCCUUCUCCACAAGUAUCCCGAUGCUUUGCAAAUUCAACAGUCCCUUGGCAAGGUCCCGCCACAUUCCAUGGAUCCACCCAUCCUCCCACCAACCCUGAGUCCACAAAAUCUCACCGAUCUCUCCUCGAUCUCCACUAAUCCCAAAGCCCAAGACUUUGCCGACCACCUACUCAGCUUUAAGAAGCAUUCCGCUACGCGAUGUGAAGGUCGUCAGCGCUGGCACACCAUUGCCACGGGGCAGAAGCCUUCCACUCUCUCCUCCUCCUCCUCCUCCAUUCCAGAACGCGAUGAAAUUCGUCGUUGCAUGCGCCACAUUGUACAUCGCGCCUCCCGUGCCACCUCUCCACUUUCCCCGACACGUCGCAACUGCCGCCAUGCCAAUCGACUUACUGAGGAUGCAGUUCGCUUCUGCUCCACCACCGUGUCGUCUCAUCUUGGACGAUGUUUUGCCGAUUCGGAAGCAGUCGAAAGAGUGGAGAAAGAGGAGGGAAUGAACGCGGAGCUGCAGCUGCUCCAUGUAUUCAAGCCGGGACCAGGAAUUGCUGCUGCAGGUCCAGCGGCAGUUGCGCGUUUUCAUCCUUAUAAACCACAUCUCCUGAUGGCGGAAGCUGUUGCUGAUGGUGAAGAGUAUGCAGUGAGUGUGUGGGGUGUGCACAGGUUUGAAGGGGUGCGACGUCUGACUCUGGCCGACGGAGACGCAACAACGGGAAAAUCGACGGUGGCUGACGCGCUAAUGGACGAAAUUAAGCGGCAGCGGGCGCUGACAGAGGCGUAUGACCUGGCACAGGUGACAUCAUUGGAGAUUUUAAAUACGUUGGAGGAGAAAAGCCUCCUUCUCACCGCCUCCAGAGAUGGAUGCAUCCGCGUGUGGAGCGACUAUGAUGGGAAAUAUGGGGCCACUCCUUUUCUCCUUACUGCCUGGGUUGCCUUCGAGAAUCAGGUUCCCCUGAUCCAUUCUCGUCGAACGACCGGCGUCGGUCUGGUCACGAGUUGGAGCGACUGCUCCCUUCAUCACCUCCUUCAUGUCUCUGGGGACGUUCGAGUUGUACGUACUUUCGACACAGACCAGGAGGCCUGCGUUGCUGACUUUGAUACCCAUUCUGAUUGCCCUGUCACUCGGCUAGCCCGUCCUGCAAAUGAUAACGACCACCUUUUUGUCGCCGGGUUUGCUGACUCUCGGGUGAAGAUAUUUGACACUCGACUCUCCUCCCACAAAGCUGUUGUUUUUGAGACUGUCUGUGGAGGUGGACGUGUGUUAGAUCUCGCGUUCGCUCCCUAUCAGGCGGACCGCCGGCUCUACGCCGUGACGAGUUCGGGCGCUGUAGGGGCGUGGCAAUUGGAGUCACCAGCAGCUAACGCCACUUGGCAGUCGAUUGCGCCGUCCGCAGAAGGUAAAAUUGAUGGCGAUGCCCCCCAACCUUCCCCUCCUUCAAUGUGCAGUGUCAGGGCUGCGUAUCUUCAGGUCGCAUUGCCCUGCACUCGUUCGCAUAUGGUGGCAUACGGCGGUCUGCGACGAUUUAGCGUCGCCCGUCUCCACGAUGCUCGAAUCAUUGCCUCAUAUCAGACGGCCCAGAAUCUCUUUCCCACCGCUAUUGCAAUGCACCCCUAUGAGCCGCUGAUCGCUGUGGGAAUGAAUGAUGCGUCGAUUCACCUUCUCAAAUUCCGCCUCUCACCGACAUCAUGA